CGCCCCUCGCGUCACGUUUCCUUGGAAACACCAGCAAACAUGGCUGCUUUGAGAAAAAGUGAUGUUGAGAAGCCGUUUUUAUAAGAGGAAAGACGAGCUACAAAAGGCUUGCUCGGUAAUGUAGUCCUGUGCCCUUCAUAAGUAAGGUGACAUGGAGGUAGAAGACAGGAGAAGCCCCGCAGAGGUGAAGCCUGACAGGUGUGGACAGCUGGAUGUCCACCUCAGUCCAGAUGAUCCAAGUGAUGAAACCUUUAAAGCCGAAGAGUCAGAUGUGCCUGCUGAUUUGGACUGGUUAGAAGAAUUGUCUGAAGAGGAUGAUGGUGUUGACGAUGGUGACCUUGCGGCUAUGGCUGACGGUUGUAAGAAGAGGAGUUAUGCCGAGACAGCACGGAUGUUCAAGCUGAGACGAAACCUCGACCAGCUGGACUGCUUUCACCGACAGAAGGAGCAUGACGUGCUGAAAGCCAGAGAAAAGCUAAAACUCUGUCAACAGAAUAUUCAAAGUUUGUUGGAGCAGAGGGAUAACUUGGAGAGAGAGAUAGAACAACAGAAAGUAACAGACAACAGCGUGGCUUUGUUUCGACUGCGAGCCCGGCAUAAGCACCUAUGUCAAAAGCUGCAGAGUGAGGAGGAGCUCGAGGGCCACAUCAACAUUGAGCUGAAGCAACUAGAACUGGAGCUGAGUGAGGUGGAAGUUGAGCUUGGCAGAUGCUCCUUGCUCCGGCAGGAGGUGCAGGAAGAGGAGCAGCUCUUCCAGGUUCUUAAAGCCCAGAAGGCAGCAACGAGGCUGCAGCAGGAGAGGGAAGCCAGCCAAAACCUGCAACUCAAGAUGAAGAAUCUGAGGGAUAAACAGGCAGCCAUGCUAAAGAAAGAGAAGACUGAAUGUCAGAGGAAAAUCGAAGAGGGCCGAGAGAGCCGCAAAAUAGCUGCCAAGUACUUGAAACAGACUGUAAAAAGGAUGAAUCAGCAGGAGGCUGAGAGGGAGCGGCAGAACCAAGAGUUACUGGAAAAGAGGUUACAGGCUGUAAAGUCAUUGAAAACGAACAUAGAAGCAACCCAAGAGAAUUUACAGGUCCAGCAAAGCAGAGCCAGAGCUAAUGCCCAGAAGAAGGAGCAGCUACAAAGACAACUGAGAGAAUCCCUGCAGGCCCAAGGAAUCAACAGUAUGAAACAUAUGUACCAGCAGAAACAACAGCAGGAAACAAAGCGUAAAGAAGGGGAAUUUCAGGAGAGCCAGAAGUCAAAAAGAGUGGAGAUUGUUUCAAAAAUCCUUCAGGAAGAACAGCUGACGAAUAGGAGGCAGAGGAAGCCGGCACUGCUACUGCCCAAACCCUCAGCCACUGAGAAGUUCCUAUCUCUGAGGAGGGCAAGUGAGAAGCUCCCGUACUACCUGGAUUCUGUUCCCCCAUCAGCUGCUGAGGAGAAAGCCACAAUCUUCAGAGAUUUCAGUGACACCAGCAGCUCCUCGUCAUCGUCAGCUUGCUCUGAUGUUGAGGACCUGGAGGGGACUGAGGAAAACGAGGAGAAAGUGAAUCACCAGAUCCCUACUGACAGCCUGGCUGAGCCUGAAUUCUCCGGACUGUGGGACCAACACAUCAAGAAAAUGCCCAAUGAGAAUACUACACUGGUGCAAACACAACUGGGGCAAGAAAAACCUCCAAUAGCGAGUGGAAAGCUCAAUAUGACUGCUAAAAGAAAUCGUGGAAAAGAGUUAAAAGGGCCUCCAUUCAUUAGUAAACCAGAGGUCAUCCUCUUCAAGGACUUUGAUGUGGGAAAAAUGUACAAGAAGAAAAUUGUCCUGACUAAUAUCAGCUACGCAGUUAUUAACUGCAAGUUUCUCGGGGUCUCCCCUCACUUGAAGAACUUUUUCACCAUCAACUUCCAGCCUCCUACUUUGUUAUCCACCGGGAUGUCAUUUGACAUGCAGGCUAUUUUCCAGCCAAUGAUCAACGAGGACUUGGAAGGAGAGCUCCAGUUUGCAUCAGCUCUGGGUCCCUUCUUUGUGCCCAUCAGAUGCACUGUAAAGAAAUGUAUUCUGAAGGUUGACAGCCAGUUUAUUGACUUUGGUUCGCACGUUGUGGGCCAGACUAUUUCACGGACCAUCACACUGACCAACAAGGGUGCACUGGCCACGCAUUUCAGCCUGGACAGCUCCACAUGUCUCAGUCCAGAAACGAGCUACGUCCAGAUGCCACCACAGGUCUCUACCAACACAUAUGAGGCAUCCAGUCAAAACACAGCAACUAACAACCAGAACAGCCCUGAAUCCAUUGAUGCUGAAGAUGUCCAAUCAAAGCUACAGAGUCGGGAGCUCUCUGCAGGAGAACAGCAAGAACAAUCAGUGUCAGAGGGUGUGAAAACUGUUCCUGGGGCUUGUCUUUCAUCUGAUUUGGACACUCAGACAGACCAGACCCCCUCAGACUCCAGCGACAUAAAACUAAGAGAUGUACGUGGGGGAGAGAUCGGGUCAUUUGAAAGUGUCAAGCUGGAAAUUAUUUUCACUCCAACCAUUCCAGGAGAGACCAGACUGGACUUCUCCUUUAAAUUCUCUGAUAAAACCAGCAAACCAAUACCCAUCCAUGUGAGAGGUGUGGCAGUCAGCAUGCCUGUAUGGGUACUUCAGCCCAACAUUGACCUAAAGAUCUGCAUGUUUGACCGCCUUUAUCAAGACACCAUCAUUGUCCAAAGCAGAGCCAGCACAGCUUUGAAACUGACCUUUGAGGUAUGUCAGGACAUGAGGAAGCACAUGGAGAUCCUACCAAAGACCGGCUUCAUCCAGGCUCAAUCAAGCUUUAGUGCCCAACUGAAGUUCAUCCCGAGACGCUCCCUGUCCAAAGAUGCAAAGUUUUUUGACAGUGACACAGGAGUCCUGGAGGUUCCAAUGACAGUGCAAGUAGCAGGCCAGGUGCAGCCUGCCCAUUUCACCGUCCACGCCAUUGUGACCUCCUCAGACCUGCAGUUUGACCACAGCGAGGUGGACUUUGGCUACUGUUCCAUUUACCAGUCAGUCAAGAGCAGCAUUCGCCUCACCAAUCUGUCCCUCCUACCCCAAGACUUUGGCUUCUUGGGUGUGCCUGAGUUUAUUGAGGUUCAGCCCAAUGAUGGAUUUGGUACUCUGCUCCCACAAGAAACCCUGGAGGUUGAUCUGAUUUUUAGUGCCCAAACUGCCAAAGAGUACGUCUUUCAGCUCAGCUGCAAGUCUGGAAUUAACAGAGAUUUUCUGCUGUCUUGCCGAGCAGUGGGUGUCCACCCACCACUGGAGCUCUCCCAUUUUCUGGUUCAGUUUGGAGCCACAGCAGUAGGUGACCAGUCCACUGCCAUGCUGUUCCUGAGCAACCGUCAAACGGGCCGUGACCAAAAUAGACAACCAGUCUCUCCAGGGGUCAAGGCGCCUGUAAUGCCCCGUUUGUUCUCCUUCGCCCUGCCAGAGGACUCAGACAUCGACAUCAGUCCGUCUGCAGGACGCCUUCUUCCUGGUGAGAGAUGUCUUGUCCAGGUAACGUUCAAACCCAGACUGUUGGACCAGGAGAUCAAAGAAGAGGCGCUCCGUCGUCUUCAUCGAGCCAAGUUGCUCUAUGAGAGUGAGCUCGAGGGAAACAGACUCGCUGAACAGGAGGCAAAACUGGAGAUCCCACUGGAACCUAGUAAGGGGAAAAAGGCGUCAGUGAAUCCAAAAAACAGCAAGGUGUCCAAUGAAGCAGAGAAAGGAAAGCAAAGUGAAUCACCAGAUCCUGGCAACAUAGUACCAGGGUCAAGUUGGUAUGAGGAGGCCAAGGCCUCUCUACUAUACUCCUUCAGGAAACGUUAUAGAGAGUACACCAUUCCCUGCUUUGUGUCAGAUGGAGACCCUCCAGAGGACGACAAACUAGUCCAGCCAGCAUGGAGUCCCUUCAAUACGCUCUACUUGAAGCUUCAGUGUCCUGCUGUACAACCCCCUCUAGUGGUGAUAUCCAACAAUGGCUGCAAUAUCAUAAACUUCCAUCAGGUGACAGUGGGAGAAAGAGUGAUUAAAAGGUUUACAGUUCAGAACAUUUCACAGGAAUCUUUGGAUCUGAGCUCGUCGGUGUUGGACAUGUACAGUCCCUUUUCCCUGCUCAAUGCUCUUAGAUCCAUAAGACCUGGAGAAAAACACACUCUGAUUCUCGCCUUCAGUCCAACUUUGGAAAAAAAGUGCUGUGACAUGCUGGAGGUGCGGUGCCAGAAAAUGACCCUAGAAAUGACUCUUCUCGGGGAGGGAAUAGUCCCUGCUGUCACCUCCUCCCACAAUGGAGAUGUUCUUGACUUUGGCUAUGUGCUGGAGAAGGAGACUGCCUCACAAGUCGUGAAGUUGCAGAACAGCUCAGCGGUGGCAGUGAGCUUCAGGGUGAUGCUCGCUAGUCUCUCUCCCUUCAGACCUCAGGGUGGAGCUGACCGGGUGGCCUUUCUGCUAGAAGAAUAUGCAAACUCCCAUGUCCACCCUGCUGUGGGGACUCAGAACUACAGUGGGUUGAGUGUGUUCAGUGUGGUGCCAGUAGAGGGCAGCAUUCCUCCAGGGCAGAGCCAAGAAUUCACGGUCACCUUUCAGCCUGACCACCCGUCUGUCAACUACUCUGACAAACUCACCAUAGAGCUCAUGAAUAAGAGUAAAGUGUGUGUGAUGGAGCUGAAGGGUGCAGCCUCUUCACAUAGCAUGUAUCUGUGUGGCGGAGACCCGCUGACAGCGCCUGUUGAAUCCCUGCUCCCUCCAGUCAUAACCAGUGAACCUCAGCUCACAGCAGAGUCAGAGGUGACGGAGAGCCCCACCAUUCCUGUGUUGGUGACCCUGAAGGCCAGGUGUAGCUCGGGUGCCAUCACGCCUGCAGUCAGGGAGCUGCAAGUGGGCUGUAUCCGCUCCACACAAACCAGUAAGAAGGGUGGUGAGUUUUACUGGGAUAAUGUGGCAUCCCUGCAGCAGCAGGGCUUUAAUGUGGAGCCGAGCAAAGGCAAUGUGGACACAGGCCAGCGACGCGCCAUCAGGAUCACAUGGACACCCCACACUGGAUACAAACCUUAUGAGGUGGUGCAGAUGUGCGUGCCUCUCACUUUAAAGGGCGACAGGAUGAAUGUUUACAGAGUCACCCUGAUGGCUUUGGUCUCCACGACCGCCGAUUGACCUCUAAAGGACUUGGAUGAUGGCCAGCAGGAAUUCUGCUCACACAUACUCUGACUAACCACAAAUACACAUAUUCUGUGUGUGUGCAGAGCCAGCAUUAACAAAUAAUGAGAUCAUUAAAGGUUUUGUUUGAACAUUAA